AUGGAUAAUACAAAAUUUCAUAAAAUGGGAAUAAUAAAAAGCAAAUCAAAAAUCCCUAGCCCGAUUCAUGGAAACAUUUUGCUUUUUACAGGGAUAAAAGAGCUUGAUGAUAUAUAUAAAGAAUUAGAAAAGCCAGUUUCAAAAGUCAAUAAAUUUAAAGCAAAUUUUGAUGGAAUUAUUACUAAUUUAAUCCGAGAACUAGGAGCUGAAAUUCAUUGAGAAAUUAAUUUAGAUUUGCAAGAAAUCUUUAGGAUGGUUUUGGUAGUUUUAUCAGCAAAUUGUGCAGGAAAAUUAAAUGAAAUUAAUUUAUAUAUAUUUACCAUUAAAUAACCUAAAAGAAACAAUUUGUUUAUAAUUAUAUUUAUAAUGGCCAUUGGCAAAAUAUUCUUGUUUUAAAGGCAUAAAUUUUACUUCAGAAAAUCCUUAUAUAUUAUUUGAUACCCCAAAACUUAACAGAAAAAGCAGAAAAUUAAUGGCUAUUUAUUAUGAAUUAAUGAAUUUUUUAAUAGAGACUCCUAGAAAGCUUGAAGAUAUAAAAAAAACAAUAAAAAAAUGAGUAAAACGAGAAGAAGAUUUCCCCAAAAAAAUUGCUGAGCUCACUGAAGACUUAGAUUUCAGUUCCCAAGAUAAAAUUACUGCUGUUUUAAAUAUGGAUAAAAAUCAUGAAAUUAUAAGUAAAUCGCCGGAACUGCUUGAUGAAUUUUUUGAUGCGAUAGAAUUAGUGAAAUAUUCUAUAAAUGAAAUUAUUAAAGAAUUUCAAAAACCCUUAUGUUCAGGGAAAAUUAUAUAGUGGUGAUGAAAUAUGUCCUUGAGGAAACCCAGCACUUUGGCGCCAAAUUCGCUUUAUAGCCUGCAGGUCUUUAAUCUAACUAUUAGCUUGCCUAGAGCUGCCUUAUGGGUGUUAGACUUUGGGAGCAAACUGGUGGCGAAUCCAGUCCAGUUAUUAUUAUCCAGAUAGGUUUUAGAGCAUGCUUCUUUUUCCUGUCGUGGCUCUUUUUUCCUAGGAGUCACCUCCCUUCAAGGUGGCCGACAGUAGGCAUAAGGUUAGCCGGCGCCUUUAUAGCACCCAAAUGAUGUGGAGCAAGAGGAGUCUUUCUAACCAGUUGAGAAUCAGAGAUAUCGGUGCAAGCCCCAGGCCCCAUAGAAGACUGCUAUUGAGACAGUGCUUAGACGAAUGAGUCCUUCCUUCAAGCAGGUUCCAGCAGCCGAAAGCGUAUGAGAGAUAAAACCUGGAUGGCUUUAGGCCUUUAUGUUAAGCUAAGUUUAUAUUCAGAAAGAUUGGUUAGUCGAGGAAUUCAAGCUCACGCCAAGCGAAUAAAAAGCCCAAAAGAAUUAGUAAGACUAUUUUGACCUUUAAUUAAUGAAGAAACAGAUGAUUAG